AUGAGGAGGGAAAGGGCUGAGGAAGAACAGAGGAAACGAGAGGAAGAGCAUGAGAACAAGAAGAGACGUGAGGAACAGGAAGAGAGGCAAAGGGAGGAAAAGGACAGAAUAAGGAUGGAGGACGAAAGGACUCAGGAAGAGAUGAGGAGACGAGAGGAGAGCGCAAGGAGAGAAGAACAGUGUCGAUCAGCAGAGAAGAGAAGAGUGGAGGAAGAGAGAAGCAUUAAAGAGGAGGAGAGGAUUAGGAGGGAGGAGGCUGAGGAAGAGAGGAGACAAGGAGAGACAGAGGAGAUGGUGAGAAGACAACAAGAGGAGCAAGAGAAAAGGAAACAGGAGGAGGAGGAAAGGAUAAGAAUGGAAGAAGAGAUGAGGAAGAAAGAAGAAGAGCGCAAGCAGUUGGCAGAGGAAAAGAGGAAACUAGAAGAAGAAGAAAUGAGGAGGAUUGAGGAAGAAGAAAAGUUUAGGAAAGAGGAUGAGAAGAGACAAGUAGAGAGAGCUAAGAAGGAAAAGGAAGAAAGACUGUUCGAGGAGGAAAUGAGACGAGAGACUAAACGGAUUGAGGAAGAGGAGAAAGUUAAAAGAGAGGAGGAGAGGAUUAGGAGGGAGGAGAGAGAGAGAGGAGAAGAGCAGGCCAGGAAGCUAGAGGAAGAGAAGGCAACACGGAAAGCAGAAAAACCAAAGAAGAAGGAUGCAUCUCAAAGCAAACACAAAGCGGCUGUGGAGACCCCUGCAGAAGUGUCUUCCAAUCCGUUUGAUGAGAAAUGUGCAACUAUUCCCUUUGAAGAGGACCCAGACUCGCCGGCUGGAGCAGACGGCAGCGCAGACAAGAUGUCCGCCAUCCAGCAGAGGGUUCAAUCUACUGCACCAUUGGUGGGAAGCAAGUCUAUUUCUACAGAUGAAAAGGAUCCUAUUAGUGCUCAGCGGGAGAGGCGGCUGGCUCCUCAGCCUCCAGGAAGGAAUCAAGACGAGAGUCAGAAGGAUGGCUUUGCACAACAACUACCACAGAUUACCAAGAAGAGUUCAGACAAAGACAUCAAAACCGUCAGUGUUCUGCCUCAGCGCUCGGUGCAAAUGAUUGCUCCUAUUAGUAGGCCUUCCACAGACGCAAAGAACACCCAGAGCUUGACACAAAGUAGUGCCACCAAAGAAACAUCAAAUGAAGCCAAACACAGUAAACGUCCUGCGCCGCUUAAACCUCUUUCUGUGGAAGAAGAGCCAUCAUCUAAACCCAAGAUAACCCUGUCUUCCGAUGGCAGCAUUUCCCAUAAAUGUCUCUCUGUGGCAAAACAAGUCCCAAUCGCUUAUGGCUUGAAUCCAUUUGAAGACGACGAAGAGGAUAUUGCACCAGAAGAUGAAGCAGCGCCCUCUAGUGGAACUGGAUCGGGACAAAGGCCUUCAGUAGCAUCACAAGCUGCAGAUAAAGAUGAUGCCUCUCAAACAAAAAUCAAACCCUCAAAAGCCCGCGCUCCUCUACCUUCUGCAAGGAAAGCUGUCACAAUGAGCCCUUUACUAAACCAAAACGAAGAAGGAGAACAUGUUACAGGUGCGACUGAUAAUGUGACCCAUGCAUCUGACCCCAAAUCAGAAGCAAAAAAAAGCCUCCACGUCCAGGAGGCUCCCCUUCGAGAGUCUCAGCCUGCCACAGUGCAGAUUGCUGGGGAGGAGGCAGGCGGGAAGAAAGGCGGAGCUCCUGUUCCUUUGCGCAGGCUUCAACCUGUGAAACCCCUUAAUCCUCUGGAACAGCAGUCGGUUUCAGUCGUUCAAGGGGAAAGAGAUACCAAAUCCUCAAGAAUCACAUGUGAAGAUCAGGAGAAAACAAAGGUCGAUGCCCCCAGUCUGAAAGGGCCCUAUUCCCAGCUUACUCGGGAGGAACUCAUCUCUCUGGUGCUCAAACAGGAAAACAAGCUUUCAGAUGGAGACAAAAAGAUAUCAGAGCUGGAGCUGUACAUCGACAACUUGCUGGUGCGCAUCAUAGAGGAGAAGCCGAGUAUUCUCAUGUCCUUGAACUCUGCGAAGAAAGCUGCCUAGGAUUUACAUCUGACACUUUAUUCAAACUGUAGCCUUCUCUGUUCAGACCCAGUAAUCUAGCCGUACCACCAAAGAAACUUAGAUGUUCUUGUGAAAGGACAUCUUGCAGAAGCUGUUCCAGUUUCAUCUAAGAACUUUUCAAAGAUAUUUUUACAUUUUUCUAAAUAUUUAGUCACCUUCUUGACACUUUGCUAUGCAUUUGACGAAUGAAUGAAUAUCUGUCAUGAAUGUUUUCAUGUUGAGCAUUAAAGUCUUUGAUGAAUGUCAAAUUAUGUCAAAUGUAAUUACUGUAUUUACUGUAUUUCAAUGUAAAAAUAAAUAAAGUUUAAAAACAGCUUUCAGGUAUCUCCGGUAUGA